UUUGGCGGUGGACGCAGUCGAUUUGAAAGUGCGCGGAACAGUUAUUUUUUUCGAACAUAUUCAAUUUUUAACUUUAAUUUAAAAAAUUGAAAAGUGAAUUUUAAAGUAAUAUUAUAUUUUUUAGGAUACAAAACAGAAAUGUUUUUACAACUGUUAAUAAUAUGUGUUUCAAUAACGGGCUUUGCGCUCGGCAACACAUCUAUAGACGAAUACAAUAAUGUAUCAAAAACACCGAACUAUGAUCACUAUCGAUUACCAACAUCGAUACGUCCUAAGAAAUAUAACUUGCAAGUGGUCACACAUCUCUCUAAUCCGAAUAAUUUAACAUUUGUUGGAGAUGUAAUUAUGCAUUUAAUUAUAGCAGAAAAUACCAAUAAUAUAACGAUACAUUCUCAAAAUUUGACCAUCGACGAAAAACAAAUCAGUCUGAAGAAUUUGCUCCAUAAUGACAGACAAAAUUGCAUCAGCUCAACGGAGGUGAAUCCGCAACAUGAUUACUACAUCAUGCAUUUAUGUAAACAGGCAAAGCAAGGUGAGGAGUAUAUUAUGACAAUACCUUUCGCUGGUAUUCUGAAUCAUAAGCUACGUGGAUAUUACCGGUCUUCAUAUCACGACAAAACGACAAAUAAAACAAGAUGGCUAUCAGUAACCCAAUUUGAGCCAGCUGCUGCUCGUGCUGCUUUUCCGUGUUUCGAUGAACCAGAUUAUAAGGCUACUUUUACUGUCAUGUUGGGGCACCAUAAGAAUUACACAGCCUUAAGUAAUAUGCCAUUGAGGGAAGCUCGUCCAAUGCACGAACAAAAGGAUUGGCUAUGGAGUGAAUUUGAAGAAUCAGUUCCGAUGUCUACUUAUUUAGUGGCUUAUACAGUAAAUGAUUUUGCUUACGUGAGAGCUGAAACGAACUUAAAAAAUAAUGUGCAAUUCCGUACGUGGGCAAGACGAGAUGCUAUCGACCAAUGCAAUUAUGCUGGUAUUGUUGGUCCGAAAGUAUUAGAAUAUUAUGAAGAAAUCUUCAACAUAAAGUUUCCGCUUGCCAAAAUUGAUCAAAUAGCAAUACCUGAUUUUAGUGCUGGAGCAAUGGAAAAUUGGGGCCUGGUAACAUAUAGAGAAACCGCAUUAUUGUAUGCUGCAAAUGUAUCUUCUGUAGCUAAUAAGCAGCGCGUAGCUUCGGUAAUUGCUCACGAACUGGCUCACCAGUGGUUCGGUAAUUUAGUAACAAUGAAAUGGUGGACAGACCUUUGGUUAAAUGAAGGAUUUGCAACAUAUAUUGCCAGUUUAGGUUUAGAACAUAUAAGUCCAGAAUGGAAAUCAUUAAUUGAAGAAUCUGUUGACAACACAUUAGCAAUAUUUAAAGUGGACGCACUUAAAACUAGUCAUCCUAUUUCUCAACCAAUCCAUCAUGUUAGUCAAAUUUCUGAAAUAUUUGAUUCAAUUUCUUACAAGAAAGGUUCUGCUGUACUACGUAUGAUGCAUUUAUUCUUGGGAGAUUUAUCUUUUCGUACUGGAGUCUCUAAUUACCUUAGAAAGCAUGCAUACAGCAAUGCUGAACAAGAUAAUUUAUGGGCUGCACUAACAGAAUCUGCUCAUAAAUUUCGUGCUAUACCAACUCAUUUCAAUAUAAAACUUAUAAUGGAUUCAUGGACCUUACAAACUGGAUAUCCUGUCAUUACUGUUUCACGCGACUAUAAAAGAAAAACAGCUGAAGUUUCACAGACACGUUAUUUACUUGACACAGAAAGCGGUCGUACUGAUAAAAAGAAUUGCUGGUGGGUACCAUUGAGUUAUACAUUGGAAAACCAAGCUGACUUCAGUGCUACCACACCAAAAGACUGGUUAGAAUGUGAGAGUACUGCUGGUGCUAUUUCAAAAACUCUUGAAAAUAUGCCCAAUGAUAACGAAUGGAUUAUAUUCAAUAUACAAAUGGCUGGCCUAUAUAAAGUUAAGUAUGAUGACCACAAUUGGAAUAUGUUAAUAGACACGCUUUUAAGCAGCAACUUUGAAAAAAUUCAUAUAAUAAAUCGCGCUCAACUAAUUGAUGACGCCUUAUCACUUGCUUGGAGUGGAGAUGUUGAUUACGAUGUAGCGAUGCGUCUUAUUGAAUAUUUAACACGUGAGAGGGAAUAUAUACCAUGGAUAGCAGCACUAGAGAACCUCAGCAAUGUUAACAGAAUAUUAAGACAAACUCCGGAUUAUGAAUUCUUUAAGAAAUAUAUGCGUAAAAUUUUGACUCCAAUUUACAUUUAUUUAAAUGGAUUAAAUGAAACUACAAGAAAUCCAGAUGAAGAUAAUCAUAGUGCGAUUUUGCACAAAGUACUUAUUGCCGGUUGGUCUUGCCGAUUUGAAGUGCACGACUGUAUAGCUCGUGCUAGAACUUACUUUAAACUAUGGCGUAGAGUUGAAGAUCCAGACAAAAAUAACCCCAUACCAACUGAUCUACGAUCAGUAGUAUAUUGUACAGCUAUGCGUCAUGGUAAUGACGAUGACUGGCAUUUCCUUUGGUUACGUUAUAAAAACUCAAAUGUUGCUGCCGAAAAGAAAACAAUUAUCUCUGCUCUUGGUUGUACGCGAGAAGUUUGGUUACUGCAGCGAUACUUGGAAUGGUCAUUUGAUGAAACUUCACAUAUUCGAAAACAGGAUUCGUUUUAUGCUUUUGGAUCAGUAGCACGCGGAGAAGUUGGUUUCCAUUUAGCUAAAGAUUACUUUUUAUCGAAUAUUGAAUUUUUACACGAUUUUUAUGAACCGGAUAGCUCAGAUUUAGCGCGCUUAUUGACGCCAUUGGCGAGUCAAAUGGCUAGCCAGAGAGAUUAUGAAUACAUUAAAAGUUUUGCUGAACAAAAUAAAAAGUAUUUACACAAAGCUGAGCAGAGUGUACGACGAGCAUUAGAAACAAUUCAAAUAAAUGCACAAUGGAAAAAUCGUAACUAUAAUGAAAUUUCUGAGCGACUGAGAAGCCGUCUUCUCUAAAGAAAAUUGUCUGUGGUGACUUACCUAUUUACUUACGAAAAACUAUUACCACAUGUUAAAAAUAAAAAACCUAUUACCACAUUAAAGCCACACCAGCCCAUUUCUAGAAUAAUAGUAUUAUUUUAAUAAAUAUA